AUUAAUUGACACAUCAUCUCUGUCGAGAAGAAAUAUUUUUCUAGCGACAGACUGCCUCCCAAGUUUAGCGCCACCGUUAGAGCAGUCUCUUUUAAGUUGGGUCGAACCAAUUGAAUCGACCUUAGUGCCAUCAACAAGUUUCUGGAGCAUUGAAAAAAAGAAAAGAAAUCUUCAUAUAAAAAAACACAAAAAAACAGAUUUAUCUAUUUUUCUACGAAAUAUUUUUGUUUUUUUGCCGUAAGUGUCUCCCGCACGUCGUAAUAUCAGCUGCCCGAAAUUGGCUUUUCUGGUGUUGUGUGACGGAAUGCAUCCAGAAUCGUGUUCCAUCAAUUCAGUGUAUCCCAUCCAAUCUGGUUCGCAUCUGCUCUAUCCGCAAAAGAGGAGAGUGAAUGAAAUUGUGGCCGACAAGGAAAGCGAUUGCAAGCUAGCAAUGAGCACCAUGAGGCAGAAAAUUAUCCGACCAGCUCCUUCUGAAAUCUCCUACAAGGAUAUGCGCUUCCUGAUCACCGACCGUCCCACCGAUCAGACCAUAACCAAUUUCAUUGAAGAAUUGAAGAAGCACAACGUCAUGGACGUGGUGCGAGUGUGUGAACCAACCUACAAAGUUGAAGAGCUACGCAAGGAAGGCAUCGAGGUGAAGGAUCUAGUUUUUGAUGACGGCACAUUUCCGCCUUCCGAAAUUGUUGACCAAUGGUUUGACCUUCUCCGAAGAAGAUUUGGCACUGAUCCAUCGUCAUGUGUUGCCGUUCAUUGCGUGGCCGGCUUAGGAAGAGCGCCCGUUUUGGUCGCCUUAGCACUAAUUGAACUUGGGAUGAAAUAUGAAGAUGCCGUCGAACUUAUCCGAGAGAAACGCCGUGGUGCCAUCAAUUCCAAGCAGUUAGCUUAUCUAGAAAAGUAUCGCCCUAAAUCACGUCUAAAAUCUCGAAAUGGACAUGCAAAAAACGGUUGUUGCAUCCAAUGAUUUGCCAACACGAGAGCUGGAAAAAAACAACAACAACUAAACGUUGGAUGGCUCUUCCGUUUCCCCAGUCAUUAUCGAUAAUCUACUCGACGUUAUGGAUGAAUAAAUAAAAACAAACAAAAAAUAAUUAUGAGGAUAUGUGACGCAUAGCCCUCGCCUACCCUCUUCCCCAAAUUUAAAAAAAAAAAAAAAAAAAAAAAAGACCUAUCUGCUUUGUACGACAAUUAGUUCAAUUUUGUUUUUCUUCAUUUUUGCGGUUCCCGGUUGUAAUUUCGUUUCGAAAUUCACGUUCAUGGAUUAGCAUGUCUCCGUUUGAAAAUGCGUCCUACCACUUCCCCAAAAAUUUAGGGGCUUCGAUUGGCCCACCCCCUUUUUUUGUCUUGAUUUAUUCUUGUACCACUAUCUUCUUUGUUGCUACUCGACUCUUCCCUCCCAAUGUAAUUUUUUUUUUUUAUUUUUUUUUUUAUUAUAGAUUUGUGGAUCUCUGUCUGAAUUUAUUAUUAUUAUUAUUAUUUUUUUUUUUUUUCAUUUCCCCCUUCACUUUCCUGCUCACUAUUGCUUACCAACUUGAGUGAUCUUGGUUGUUUUUCGCUUCGUUUCACUCUGUUUGGAAUUUUUCCGUGAAUCAAAUGAAUUUGGAAGGCACCACGUCAAAAUAGGGGGGGCAAACCAAUUGGUACCUUUUCAUUUUUUUUUUUUUUAAAUCCCCCUUUACUCGAAAAUGUGUGUCUACAACGGCGUUUGUGCCACGUAUUGUGUGCGCUGUCCACCCUGGAAAAGCAAAUACACUCGCUUCACGCGUCA